GGCGGCGCCUAAGAUGGCGGCGAUGGCGGCGGCUCCGUGCGGCCUGUGCGGCGCCGCGGCGGCUCCUUACACCUGCCCGCGCUGCAACCGCCGCCUCUGCUCCCUGCCCUGCUACCGGGGCCACGGCGGCUGCGCCGAGGCCUUCUACCGGCAGCAGGUCCUGCAGGCGCUGGAGGCCGAGCGCGGCCGCGGCCCCCCCGCCGGCCGCGCCCGCCUGGACGCCGCUCUGAGGAGGCUACGCGAGGCCGGGGAUGAGGCGGAGCCGCUAGGCCGCGGCCUCUGGGAGCGCCUCAGCCCGCAGGAACGAGCCGCUUUCCAGCGCCUCGUGGCCAGCGGCGACGUGGCCGCCUUGGUGCCGCCCUGGAGACCGUGGUGGUGGCGGCGGAGCCCGCGGCGGCUGGUGGAGGAGCUGGGGGAGCCCCCGGGGCGAGGAGAAGGGGAAGAGCAGGAGGAGGAGGAGGAGGAGGGAGACGAAGGCCCCGCGCCGCCCGCCGCCGUGCCGCCGCUGCGCUCGCUCUGCUGCCGGCCGCCCUCGCCCCUGCUGCGCUUCCAGGUGCCCAACGCGCUCUGCGGCUACGCCUUCGCCCUGGCCCUGCACAACGGCGACGACGAGCUGCUGCCCGAGGUGCCCGCCGCCGCCCUCGACGUCUCCGGCGCCCUGGGAGCCCGGCAGGUCUUCGCCUCCACCGCCGAAGCUCUGCAAGCCGCCCUGGGCGCCGUCGCCGCUCGCGGCUACCCGCCGUGUCCCCUGGGCGACGCGGGGCUGGCGCUGGCCGCGGCCCAGCUGCUGCGGGGCGAGCGGCCGGCUUUCGCCGCCGCCGCCCUCUCGCAUCUCGCCCGGCUGCUGGGCAAGAGCCGGAAGCUGGUGCCCGAGGAGGAGGAGCGGAGCCGGUUUUACCGCGCCAAGAAGAAGUGCGAGUUCCUGCUCGCCUGGAGCUGGGAGAACGCCGAGGCUCUGAGCCUGCUGGCCGCCGAGGCGGAGGCCGAGUACGAGAGGCUCCGGCAGGCCCGGAGCGAGGUGAGCGCCGUCAGCCGGCGGCUGGAGCGGAUGUGGGGCGGCAAAAGGCCGCCGGAAAAGAAGCCGCUCGUCGAGGAACUGGAUUAACGGCCCCCGCGGGAGGCGCCGCCAGCCCGAGGAACCGGGCUAACGAGGCCCGAAGAAACAACUGGGGAAGGAGCUGCUCAUUAAGGGA